GCACUGUCUGUUUAUGAAAUAUGCAUGUUUCUAUGUAAGGUUCACUCGAUGGUCAAGCAUAACGAAUUUGUGAUUCGUAAAUUUAGACAACACAUUCAUUCUGCAGUUUCGGGCCGUUACCGAUCCCGUUAAGGAUGUAGUUAAUUUCAUAGCUGGUUAUGAAUCAAAGUACGGAGCGGAUCAUCCAGCCUUUUAUCACGGAAGCUACACGAUGGCGCUGGCGGACGCCAAGAAAAAACUCAGCUUUCUUUUGGUCUAUCUUCAUUCACAUCGUCAUCAAGACACUGACGAAUUUUGUCGGUCAGUGCUGUCUAAUCGCAAGGUGAUAAAUUUCAUCGACAGUGAAAUGCUGUUUUGGGCUUGCAACGUGGACUCAGGUGAAGGUUACAAAGUUUCGUUGGCAAUGCGAGAAACAGCGUAUCCUUUCCUGGCACUUAUUUGUUUGCGUGGAAGAAAAAUGAUGAUCGUUUUAAGACAGCAAGGUCUUUGUACUCCUUGGAUGCUAAUCGAUGUUUUAAGGACUGCGAUGCACGACAAUUCCGUGUACUUGAACGUGGCCAGACAAGAAAAGGCGGAUCGAGAAUAUAACCAGGUACUGCGUCAGCAGCAAGAAGCGGCCUAUUUGGAAUGUCUGUACGCUGACCAGCUGAAAGAAACUCAACGUCUUGAGGAGCAACGACAGAAAGAAGCGGAGGACGCCGCAGUAAAGAAAGAAGAAGACAGGAAACGCUUUGAAGCUGAACAGUUGAAAAAGCAGAAAAGUGAUCUGCGUAAUUCUCUCCCUCCCGAACCACAACCAAACCGCUUAGAUUCUUUGCGGAUCAGCUUGAAGUUUCCAAACGAUACGAGGUUUGAACGUCGUUUUCUCCUAGGAGAUCCAGUUUCGUUGCUGCGUGACGUAACAUUUUCUCAUCCAAAUUGCCCUGAAAAUUAUUCCGUCAUAACCGUUUACCCACGGAAGGUUCUGUUCAGUAGAAAUGAUCACCUUACUGAAUCGACUACGUUAAAAGACAUUGGAAUUGACGGAUCAGUGUCACUUAUCGUUCAUAAUAAUGAUGCGUAGUU